AUGCACCUCCAUAGCACCUUGCUCAGCGGCCUAGCUAUCCUUCCAGUGGCUCUAGCUUCAUGGCCUUUCUUCGAACACACUGCAGAGAUAUCGGCAACCUCUUACCGCAAUGAGAAGCCCAAUGUGAAAGUCGAGACCCUCUUUCAAUUUCCCAACAAUGGCUCAUGGAUCGACAAUAUGGUCGUCCGAUCAGACGGCAACCUUCUUUUGACACGUCUCGACACCCCCGAAGUUUGGCUUUUCGACACCACAAGCGGCAACGCGACCCUCGCCCAUUCCUUCCCCAACGUCACCAGCUGCUUCGGAAUCAGUGAAAUUGAGGACGAUAUCUUCGCAGUUGUUGUGGGCAAUUUCUCCCCCAAAACCUUUCAGCCAGGUCCAGCCUCGUUCUCGGUCCACAAGUUGGAUUUCACCAAGGUCGAUGCUGAGGAGAAUGAGCGGGCGCUGAAAUCGCCAACGGCCUCGGAGAUCGUCGCAAUGCCAGAGGCUGAGGCCUUGAAUGGCAUGACCACUCUCUCACGGGAGUCGAAUUUGGUUCUUAUUGCCGAUAGUCCCAAGGGGGUGAUAUGGAAGGUUGAUGCCAAGACAGGAGAUUAUUCUGUCGCACUGAAUGAUACUACAAUGGCUCCGGCGGAGGGUCAAGCUCUUCCUCUAGGUGUUAAUGCCCUGACGGUACUUGGUGACUACGUGUACUAUACCGGUACGACCCAAAUGGUGUAUUGCAGAGUCAAGGUGGACAAGGAUGCCAAACCAAUCGGAGAUUUCGAGGUUAUUGCCAGUGGAUUCCUACCGGAUAACGUCGAGAUGACCGAGGAUGGCGUUGCGUAUAUUCCGACAGCUCCUCAGAACUCCGUUGUGCGCCUUACGCCUUCAGGGCAGAUCUCCCUCGUUACGGGUGGCCAAGUAUCUACGCAGCUGGCAGGUCCAAGCUCGGUCCGAUUGAGCAAAGACCGACAAAUAAUCUAUGUCGGCACUAACGGUGGUCAAAUUGCGCCUGUUUUGGGCUCAUUCAUCGAGCCCGCAAAGAUCGUCAAGAUAUCGUUCGAAAAAUAG